AUGGAGAAUGGCGCUGGAUCAUCAAGAAUCAAUCGAUGUUUGAUUGAGAGAGAGCGAAGGCGGAACAUGAAAACUCUCUAUUCCAACCUAUUUGCUCUCCUUCCUCCCCAACCAAGCAAGAUGUCGGUUCCUGAGCUGGUGGACCAAGCUACCGCGUAUGUCAAGCACUUGCAAAAGAAACUGGAGAAAUACAAGCAAAUGAAGGUGCAAUUGGAAGACAAGCGCCCAACAGCUCAUACAAUGAGACCUCCAGUUCUUAAUAUAAGAGAUUUGGGUUCCAAUUUGGAAGUACAUUUGAUCACAGGGUUGAAUAUGGAGUUUGCAUUAUCUGAUUUUAUCAGUAUUCUUCAGGAAGAAGGAGCUGAAAUUGUAAGUGCAACUUGCCAUCAUACAGGAGAUAGGGCAAUCUAUACAAUUCUCUCUCAGGCUAUCUAUCCUAGAAUUGGAAUUGCAACUUCAAGCGUGCAUGAGAGGUUGACGAGUCUAAUAUGUUGA